GGGAAUAGAGGAAGUCUUCCUCUGUGACUGUUGUUCCAUUUCUGUUUCUCUCUUGCUGCUGUUAAAGGAGUGAAAACUCUCUUGCUAGCAAGUCUGUCAUGUCCCCUGGGAAAACUUGGUGAAUCGAGACGGUAAUUGGCCCAUCUUGGUGGUAGGUUAAUCUUGGCCACCAAGCUGGAGAGCAGACAGGAAGAAGGCCAUGGGCAGCAAGGAACGCUUCCACUGGCAGAGCCACAAUGUCAAACAGAGUGGGGUGGAUGACAUGGUCUUGCUCUCCAAAAUUAAUGAAGAUGCCAUAGUUGAAAAUCUGAAGAAACGUUUCAUGGAUGAUUAUAUUUUUACCUAUAUUGGACCAGUCCUUAUAUCUGUCAACCCCUUUAAGCAGAUGCCCUACUUUACAGACCGAGAAGUUGAACUCUACCAAGGAGCGGCUCAGUACGAGAAUCCACCUCACAUCUAUGCACUUACAGACAACAUGUACCGCAAUAUGCUCAUUGAUGGAGAGAACCAGUGUGUUAUCAUCAGUGGCGAAAGUGGCGCUGGGAAAACAGUGGCUGCAAAAUACAUCAUGGGAUACAUUUCCAAGGUGUCCGGAGGGGGUGAAAAGGUGCAGCAUGUCAAAGACAUCAUUCUCCAAUCCAAUCCAUUGCUUGAAGCCUUUGGCAACGCCAAGACAGUGAGAAAUAAUAACUCCAGUCGAUUCGGGAAAUACUUUGAGAUCCAGUUCAGUCGUGGGGGUGAGCCCGACGGAGGAAAGAUCUCCAAUUUUUUGCUGGAAAAAUCCCGGGUGGUGAGCCAAAACCAGAGCGAAAGGAACUUCCACAUCUAUUACCAGCUUAUUGAGGGUGCUUCUCAAGAUCAGAAACACAACCUGGGCAUUAUGAGCCCAGAUUAUUAUUAUUAUUUAAGCCAGUCGGAGACAUACAAAGUGGAUGGCACAGAUGAUCGGAGUGAAUUCCAUGAGACUAUGAAUGCCAUGGAUGUGAUUGGCAUCACAGGCCAAGAUAAGCAACUUGUCCUACAGAUCAUAGCUGGUAUUCUCCAUCUAGGAAACAUCAGUUUUGAGGAGAAAGGGAACUACGCUCAAGUGGAGAAUUCAGAUUUGCUAGCUUUCCCUGCAUACCUUUUGGGAAUUGACAAGAACCGCCUAGAUGAGAAGCUCACCAGUCGGAAAAUGGACAGCAAAUGGGGUGGCCAGUCGGAGUCCAUUAACGUAACACUCAAUGUAGAGCAAGCUUCCUAUACUCGUGAUGCCCUCGCCAAAGGCCUUUAUGCCCGUGUCUUUGACUUCCUUGUUGAGUCCAUCAACAGAGCCAUGCAGAAACCAUACGAAGAGUACAGUGUUGGUGUCCUAGACAUCUACGGUUUUGAAAUAUUCCAGAGAAAUGGCUUUGAACAGUUCUGCAUUAACUUUGUUAAUGAAAAACUUCAACAGAUCUUCAUUGAAUUGACACUUAAAGCAGAGCAGGAAGAAUAUGUGCAGGAAGGCAUCAAGUGGACCCCAAUUGAAUAUUUCAACAACAAAAUUGUGUGUGAUCUCAUUGAAAACAAAGUGAAUCCUCCUGGUAUUAUGAGCGUCUUAGAUGAUGUUUGUGCCACCGUGUACGCGAAGGGCGAGGGGGCAGAUCAGACCUUGCUGCAGAAGCUCCAGUCGGCCGUGGGGACCCAUGAGCAUUUCAACGGCUCCAGUGCAGGGUUCAUCAUCCACCACUAUGCUGGCAAGGUGUCCUAUGACGUGAACGGCUUUUGUGAAAGAAAUCGGGAUGUGCUUUUCACGGACCUAAUAGAACUAAUGCAAACCAGUGAAUUCUCUUUUAUCCGGAUGCUUUUCCCAGAAAAACUUGAUGCAGACAAAAAAGGACGGCCCACUACAGCUGGAACCAAAAUUAAGAAACAGGCCAAUGAUCUUGUGAACACGCUGAUGAAGUGUACACCUCAUUACAUCCGUUGCAUUAAGCCCAACGAGACGAAGAAGCCACGAGACUGGGAGGAGAGUAGGGUGAAGCACCAAGUGGAAUACUUGGGACUGAAGGAGAACAUCCGAGUCCGUCGAGCUGGAUUUGCAUAUCGCAGAGUGUUUCAUAAAUUCCUGCAAAGGUAUGCCAUCCUGACCCCAGAAACCUGGCCGAAGUGGCAAGGAGAUGAACGCCAAGGAGUCCAGCACUUGUUAAGGUCCGUCAACAUGGAUGUGGAUCAGUACCAGAUGGGCCGCACAAAGGUUUUUGUCAAGAAUCCAGAGUCGCUCUUCCUCCUAGAGGAGAUUCGGGAACGAAAGUUUGAUGGGUACGCCCGGGUCAUCCAGAAAGCGUGGCGCCGUCACAUUGCUAUCAGGAAGUACGAGCAGAUGCGAGAAGAAGCAUCCCAUAUCCUGUACAACUUCAAAGAGAGACGACGGAACAGCAUCAACCGGAAUUUUGUGGGUGAUUAUCUGGGCAUGGAAGACAAACCGGAGCUGCGCCAAUUCUUGGGCAAAAGGGAGAGGAUUGAUUUUGCCGAUUCGGUCACCAAGUACGACAGGCGGUUUAAGUCCAUUAAGCGGGACUUCAUCUUAACACCCAAACACCUGUAUAUGAUUGGCCGAGAGAAGGUGAAAAAGGGUCCUGAGAAGGGCCAGAUCCGGGAGGUGCUGAAGAAAAAGUUGGAGGUCCAAAGAAUCAAUGGAGUGUCUCUCAGCACGAAACAGGAUGACUUCUUCAUCUUGCACGAAGCUGAGGCAGAUACACUCCUGGAAUCCAUCUUCAAGACAGAACUCAUUAGCCUUCUGUGCAAACGCUAUGAAGAAGCCACCCGAGGGAAGCUCAAACUCCAUUUCAGUGACACACUACAAUUCCGUGUGAAGAAGGAAGGCUGGGGCGGAGGCAGCAACCGGACAGUGACGUUUAUGGGUGGUCCAGGCAAUGUGGCUGUUCUCAAAUCAUCAGGAAAAAAUCUUUGUGUCAGCAUUGGGAGCGGGCUGCCCAAGAAUUCCAAGCCAACCAGGAAAGGAAUCCAGCAAAGCAGAGGGUAUUAUUCCAAGCGCUCAGCGCCAUCCCGAGCUGCUCCACCAAUUCCAAGGGGAGGAAAUCAAUCAGACAUCUGCAGGAAUGGAGCUGCUCAAAUGCCUUACAACAGCAGACAACAGGAACAGACCUACUGCGGUCCCCGAAGGCCUGGACAAGGACCCCCGGCCACCGCACUUCCCAAACAGAGCAUGGUUCGGCGGCCAAAGGCAAGGGUGCCACCUGAUUACAACAUGGAGUUCCUCAGUGUCCCAGACCAGGGCAUGGCAGGGACACAAAGGAAAAGAAGCAUUAGCCAAAGGCCGCCUCCCGCUGCAGGAAGGCCCAAGCCACAACCCAAGAUUUCUGGACCACGCUGCCGUGCUUUGUACCAGUAUCUUGGUCAGGAUGUGGAUGAGCUGAGCUUCAGUGUGGGUGAUGUGAUAGACCUCUUGAUGGAAGAUGCCUCUGGAUGGUGGAAGGGUCGUCUCCGUGGCCGAGAAGGACUUUUUCCUGGGAAUUAUGUAGAGAAGAUCUGAACAGAAAUAGCAACCCAAAACAGGAAGUAACACGCAGGAUUGGUAGGAAUGUGUAAAUUGGCCAUUUCAUGGAGGCAACUUGUGCUAAGCACAAGGAAAAGUUUACCUGCAUAUUUCUUAAUGGCCUUUUUCAAAACAGCAACACUGUUGUCUAAGAACCUUACUUAGUGAGAUAAGUCAGUGGAGAGAAAAGGCAUAAAGGUAAUCCUAGUACAUCCCUUCACUUCUAUUACCUUUUAUGGUGCUCAGAUGCUAUUUAAUAAAAGGGUUGGGGAAGUAUUAUAGAAAUACUUUAAAUAACUAGCCAAGGAGUACCGAUGCAUGUGGGAGGUACUGCUUCUCUAUCAUGACACCUGAUGCAAUCUUGCUGGGGCAUUAUAUAAUUAAAAUAUGAAAUUUUACACCA